AUGGAAUCUCAUUUAUAUGAAGACAUCCAGGCAUCUGAGUUUUACGAUAAGCUCGAGAAUGUACUUGCCAGUCAAAAGAGCGCUUUUAAGGUGAAUAUUGCGCUCGGCUACGACUUUGUAAGCUUAGCCGACGAUGAAGAAACUCGCUACUUCCAUCCAAAUCUGGCGAACACUUACGUGCUCAGCUCACCGGUUGCUAUUAACAGUCGUGGUGAUAUUCGUAAGAAGAUCAUCUCGGAAAUUCGGUCGAUGGAGUUGGCUAACAAGCUAAAUUACCCAUCCAGUGGAUACAAGCUUAACCCCCCGAGCGCGAAGGCCUGUAUUAGACACGAUUGCACAAAAAGGGAAGGUGUCGUGAAGGCUGACACGAACUAG